UAAACAAGGGAGGAUUAUUUUCAUCCAAGCAAAUAAUUCCAUAGAUUUUGGACUUGUAGUUUCUAAAAUUCAUAUAUAAAAGAUGUGAUAAUUUUUUUUAUUUUAAAGACCAUUAAAUUUUGAAAUUAUAUUAUCAUUACUUUUUCAUCCUAGUUAAGAUUCAAAUCUUCAAUUUAAAAAGUGUAAUCUUAAUAAAUUUACAACCGGAUCAAAUCUAUGAUUACAAAUAACGAAAAAGAUGAAGAAGAAAACUUUGAGAGAGCUGACUAUGGUCAAGGCAACGCUCAAAUGUGCCCAAGUUUGGAGACUGGGAAAGUGAAGAAAAUGUUGAGUAUUCAGCCUACUUUGAUGCUGCCAGUAAGGCUAAAGCUGGUGAAAAUAUGAAUCUUAAUUAUCCUCGAGCUAAACCCAAUAUGUUUUCAAAUAACUCAACUCAAGUUCAAGCAUCUUCUUUUAAAACAAAGCUUGAAGGAAAGGCAUCGAAGGAGCCGGAGAUUGUAAGCCCAAAGCAUGAACGCCGAACUAGUCGAGAAGAGGCUGAUCUAAGGAGACUAAAUAACUCUUUGUUGCAUAAUGACACUGCAGACCAGGGGAUAACCUUAAGUGAGCAACCCCAUGGACAUUUAAGAUCACAUGGAAAGGCACAGCCUGAGGCACCAAAGGGUCCAGAAGAAUUAAUGCUUCUUAUCAAAAGAGAAUCAACAAUGUCAAAGCAAAAGCAGCACUUGAGUCAGGAAGAUAGUCGCCCAAGAAGAUCUCUUGAUUCUUCGUUGCACCAUGAAACCAUAGGUCGGAGAGUCACUUCUAAUUCACCUCUUCACCCUUUAGGUGGCAGGGUCGCUAGUAAUGGUCCUGCAAAGGCUAUGCAGCAUAAUCCAGUGUCUGAGCGCAGCAUUGAAAACUCACCUCUACACCAACAUUACCAGGCAAGGAUUGGAGGCAAAGGCAAUGGAGUCUCUUCUCCCUCAUGGGAGAGAAAGGGUUCAUCUCAACAUAGUAGCCAUGGCUUUGCUCCUUCAACUCCUGGAAGAUCCCGGCUCAAAUCGAUUACCCGAGGCAAUGAAACUCCUGAUCAUGGUUCUGCUGUUCCAAAAUUUGGUGACUGGGAUGACAGCAACCCUGCAUCUGGUGAAGGUUACACUAAGAUUUUCAAUUUAGUGCGUGAAGAGAAGCAGAACGAGGCAGGAAGAGGACCUGUUUUGACAAACGGAACUUCUCAUUCAAAUGGUCAGGUGCAAUAUAGCAAUGAGAAUACAAAGUCUCAGAGAUGUUGCUGCUUUACAUGGAGAAAAACAUGAAACAACUUUACAGACAAAAAGAGAGUGUGUGUGCGGGGGCAUGUACAUAUAAUGUAUCUCAGAAGACUCUUAUAUGUAUGAUAAACUCUUCACUUGUUAAGUGCAUUCAUUUUACUUAUUUUCUUUAUGUGAUGAAAAAUAUGAGCAAAAAUAAGGUUGAUGCAAAAGGUAUCUCACAUAAUUUUCUUUCUUCCUGUAUCUUGUAUGCCUAUGUGUCCUAUUUAAGUUGUUGAGAUAAACCUAUAUGAAACAAAACAUUUCUCAUUUCUUUUUUCA